UCUCAGGUCUAGUAAGACAUAGUCAAAAGAAAUAAAAAAUUAGAAGAAAUUCAUAACUUUACUUUUUAGUGCAUGCUAAAUACCAACCAAAAUUAAUUAUUUAACGGAAAUGGCAGCAGACAACGGUUCAGAAAUCGAGUGUCCAAGUCCAGAUGUAGGAGAUUCACGGAAAAGACCUCUGGAUGGUGAUGUUGAUAGCUCUUUAACGAAAAGAUCCCAUUUUAGUUCAGGUGAAGCAAGCGCCACGUACCAUUUUAAAACACUUAUACCUUCUGUUGCUGCGGGAGCCAUAAUAGGGAAAGGAGGCGAGACAAUUGCUAGUUUACAAAAAGAAACUAGCGCGAGAGUGAAAAUGUCUAAGUCGCACGAUUUUUAUCCAGGAACCACGGAAAGAAUUUGUCUUAUAACUGGAACACCUGAAUCAAUUUUGACUGUUUUGGAUUUUAUUAUGGAUAAAAUUAGAGAAAAACCAGAUCUAACAAAGCCGUCUGUCACUGAACUAGACUCAAAACAAACGCAUGAACGUGAAAAACAAGUAAAAAUCCUUGUACCCAAUUCAACAGCUGGAAUGAUAAUUGGGAAAGCUGGGGCAUUUAUUAAGCAAAUAAAGGAAGAGUCUGGAUCAUAUAUUCAAAUUUCUCAAAAACCAAAGGAUCUUGCACUUCAAGAACGUUGUGUCACAAUAGUUGGAGAAAAAGACCAUAAUAAGAUAGCUUGCAAAUUAAUAUUAUCGAAAAUAAUCGAAGAUCCCUUAUCUGGAACUUGUACAAAUGUGUCUUAUGCUGACAUAAAUGGACCUGUUGCUAAUUUCAACCCAACUGGUUCUCCAUAUGCUUCUCAUCAAACGACAAACUUUAAUUCAAGUACCGCAUCCCUCAACUCUUCUGUUACUACCAAUACCGGAAAUACAAAUUUAAUGAUUAAUGGUACUGGCCUACAUUUGACUUUAAAUUUAGGAGCUCCAGCCAAUACAGCAAGCUCAGCAAUAACUACCCAAUUUUUAGAUCAAAUAAAGACCGUGAUGCGUAAUUCUGGAUAUAAUGAUUCUGUAAUUGCUGAAGUGUGUACUGCAUUAAGCAUUUUAGCUAAGUACGGCAUAUUAGGGAUCGGGUUUGGUUUAAAUACUACAAAUCCAGCGGUCAAUUGUUUCAAUUUACCUACUUUGGAACAAACAAACAAUACAUCAACAACUAAUAAUGUUUUAGGUGCAAUUGGACAAAUCAACUUGGAUUCAUACAUAGGUGCGGUGUCACCAUCAACUGGAACUUCUUUAGAAGGAUUAGAAAUGUUUAGAUCUUCAACAAUGCAAGCUAAUGCCCCAUUAGCUUUGAAUAAUAAUAAUUUUUCUAUUUCUGGAAACCAAUCUGUGCAACCAAAUUUCAACAAAUCCAUGUUGACCCCAGAAACAACUAGUAAGGAGAAAAAUGUAGAAAUUCCAGAAGUUAUUGUUGGUGCAAUAUUAGGACCUGGAGGAAGAAGUUUGAUAGAAAUACAACAUGUUUCAGGAGCAAAUAUUCAAAUAUCUAAAAAAGGCACAUUUGCUCCAGGAACUAGAAAUAGAAUCGUUACCAUUACUGGACAACCAAGUGCAAUAACAAUGGCUCAUUAUUUGAUUGAACAACGGAUAUCUGAAGAGGAAAUGAAACGUGCUUGUCAGAUUAAACUUCCAACCAAUGUCAUCCAAUAAGCUAUUUGUUUUGUUGACUUUAUCAAGAAUAUUAAUUAAUGUUAAUCGAGUCUAAAAUAAAUUAUGUACUAUUCAGAGCCGUAUGAAUAUUUGUGAUGCCAGCAAUUUUUCAUUAACUGUUAAAGAAUAACGUUUAGCACUCUUAACAAUUUAUAGUUUACCAGUGUUAUGAAUAAAUAGUAUAGUUUAUUAAAUAAAUAAAUCCAAUUUAAAAUUGUUAGUAAUAUGACGAAGAUUAUAUAGUAACUAAAUAUAUUAAUAUAUUGAAGAUUUAUUUUUAAAGAUUAAUAUGCGCAAUUACCUACCACAAAAUAUAUAAAUAAAUUAAAAUAACAUGGAAUAUAGCAAACCAAUAAUUGAAAAAUUAAUAGUAGAACCCUAUAGUAAAAAUUCAUACCAUUAUGUUUACUGACUAUCUCAUAUAAAAAUGUAUAUAGAAAAUUAAAUUCAAUCGAAAGACACUGACACUUUCAAACCGAUAAAAGUUGCCAUUAUAUCAUUUAUAGACAAAAGCUGAAUUAUUUUUUUUGUCUGAUUUCUCGUCAUGACGUUAAUUUGAAAAUAUUUGAGCUCUAAAAUAUGUAUUAGCUGAUUAAACACAACAUAAUUGCGAGAAUAGAUAAUUCAUAACUAAAUAGGUACUAAAUAAAUAAAAUUAUCCAAAUAUUGAUAAAAUUUUUGACUUAAAAAAGUGACUUAGAUCAAGUCAGAAAAAGAAACUCCAACAGACAGUCAGCACUAAAGCAGUUAAAAAUCUAAAAUAUAUCACUCACUAAGAAAAUAAUUUUAAAGUCAUAUAUCCAACUUCUGCACAAAAUUUCUAUUAUAUUAUAAAACUAAAAAAUGGGUUCUAAUUGUUUUUAAACCUUUAGCUCUCUUUCGAUCAUUUAGUAAAUUUAUAUAUUUUUUGUUUUUUCUAUACCGGUCUUACAAUUUUUUAAAUAUAAAAUCUGCUAAACUGAUUUAAACUCAAAAAUACGUUCUUUGCUUUGGAAACAAAAUUAUAAUUUUAAAUCGACAUUUUUGAACUUCGAUCAUAAAACUGUUUUCUUUAUACGUCAUUACGGUACAAAUUAUAUAUAACAUUUUCAAUCAAACAUCUAAGGAUGUGUUUUAAAGUCAAUAUCUCUCCUUUUAGAUAUACAUACAUAUAUACAUAGAUAAUACAUUAUAUUUUUUUCUGAAGUGAUUCAUUACAUUGAAUACAAGAACAUUAUUAGAACGACAUUAAUGAAUAAAAAAUAAUAAAAUAACAAUAAGAAUCUUUUCAUCCAAAAGCAUGUUAAGAUUUUCAAUGCUCAUUAAAAUUUACUUUAAAUGCAAUUAGAGCUCACUAUUGGCCAUGAAAGUUUAGACUACUAUUUAAAAGAUUUUACUGAAAGUAGAUUACAGAAAUGUAAAAAAAACUAUAUACCAUAAUAGAGAGGUGGUCAGGUAUAUAUUAUAUUAUAUUAUAUUGAUAGUCAAUAUAGUAUAAACAUAGAUAAUUACACAACUUAUUAAAAAAAAUAGCUGUGUAAGUAUGUAGAUAGUUAUUUUAAGCAGGAAUAUGUUAUAAAAUUGUUGUUAAAAUUUUAAUGUUAUCUUGAAAAAAGUAAACGAAAUGUU